AUGCCCGAAAAUCCUGGAGAGGAUCAGCGUUCCAAAAAGCGAAAGGUGAUGGGUGCUGGCGAGCCGAAGACGACGGAGAAGCUGGAGGCGACCCAGCAGGAGCUGGAAUCCGAUUGGAAUUCGCCCAGUCUUAUGGUACUCUUCGAUGGUGGCGAUCUUAACAAGGCCAUGGAUCAUCUUCUGGCCUCCCUGCAAAAUCCAUUCGCGGAGCAUGCGGUGGCCACACUGUUCAUCCAGGAGAGCGUGCGUGAGCCUGUUAUCAAGCUUUUGGUGGAGCAAUUGAAGCCGCUCGAACCGCAAAUUUAUAAUCAUCCCAAUUAUGUGCGGUCACGGGCCAAGCUGCAACAGCUCAGGUCGGAAACAAUUGUCGGCAAUCCAAAGACGGUGCCAGCACAUACCACGCCCAUGCUGGUCUGUGACAUAUCCCAUAAAUUUUUGGGCGACGGACCAACGGGCAUCAUCACGAUGCACACAUUCCGCACACCCAAAGAUGCUAUCCAGGCUAUUUUGCAGGAGACGCUCGCCUACGGCUCGGUUAGCAUCUGGCAUGAGAAGAUCGCCAGCGCCUAUGAGAUGUGCGAUUUGCUCAAGAAUGACACCUUUAUGAUCAACUGCUUUAAUGUUGAUCUGGCGCCAAUAAUGUCCACCUUCGAAGCCGGCAAAAAUGAUGCGUUGAUCGAAGGGAGCUAUCACUACGAGAUCCUAACCAAAAAUGAGAAGAGCAAGAUCGUUGUCAGUGUCGCAGGCUCCAUAUUUGCCAAUUGA